AUGCCCGUCGGAAUAUACCGUGGGAAGUACGAGUGGGCAAACGAGCACAGCGCGCUGGGUGGAGACUGCUCUCUGUGGGUCCGUGCUGCCACGCUGCAGCUCGACGACGGGCAGUGGCAAUGCCAGGUCACUGCCAGUAACUACGAUGUUCAGGAUGCCCUCUCGAGUCCACCAGCGGCACUAGCGGUGCGUGUCCCUCCUCAGUCGCCAAGAAUCCUGUUCAACGGAUCCCACGUGCUCCCCGGUCAGAACAUCACAGUACCCGCGGGUUCUAGAGCAACCGUUGUAUGUGAGGCCCGAUAUGGCAACCCACCAGCGUACAUCGAAUGGUAUCUAGAGAAGGAUCGCCUGUCGGCAUGGAGUCAGACUAACGCUUCGGAGGUCGAAAGGCCGCGAGUUUGGGCCGCUCGAUCCGUUUUGGAGAUGGGUGCGACAAGAUCCGCCCACGGUAAACAGUUGGCCUGCCGAGCUCAUCACCCGUCAUAUCCAGCGCCCUACUACCGAGACACCUACACUAUGCUAGAUGUCACCUUCGUUCCAGUUGUGUCGAUAUUAGGCGCCGACGCCAGUGGUCUUUCUAGUCUAGAAGAAGGAUCAAGUGCUCUGUCAUUAGACUGCAAAGCCGAUGGGAACCCUAAACCUUACGUGUGGUGGACGAAAGAUGGGCAGGUCAUUGCCACAAGCGGCUCCAAGCUGAUCCUGGCACCAAUAAUGAGGAAUCAUUCAGGAAUCUAUGGGUGUCAGGCGAGAAAUUCUUUGGGCAGUUCUGAUGCUGUAAAAAUUGAAAUAGACGUCAAAUAUCCACCUCGGGUGACUUGGGUGGGUCCGGACACUGUCGUUGAGGCGAAUUUAUUUUCGCAAGUGACACUAGAGUGCAAAGCGGAAGGCAACCCACCACCUUCGUAUCAAUGGUAUCACAGACCUGGAUCCGGAAGCAUCAACAAUUUGUUAGAAGACGGCUACUUAAUAUCGUCUACCCCUCAACUGCAGUUAUACAACGUGUCUUAUAAUCAACAUGGCCAAUACGUUUGUGUUGCUAAGAAUCUCAUAGGACUCGAAGAAAGGUCGCACCAGUCGGAGGCGGUGGCGCUGAACGUGCUGGGCCCGCCCGUGGGCCCGGAGGCCCUGUCGGCGCACGGCUGGAGCGGCGCCGAGGCGCGCGUCCAGGCAGCGGUCUGCGCCGACCCGCCGCCCAGGAAGGCCGCCUGGCUGUGGGGCAGCCUGCGCUUGGACGUGCCCUCCCACAUGGGUCGGUACAGAGCACUGGAGUCGGAGAGUGUUGACGGCUGCUAUCGCUACACUCUGACAAUUAGCAGCGUUGGCACCGCAGACGCGAGGGUGUACGUACUGCACGUGGAGAACGAGAGAGGUUUCUCCUCUCAUGCCGUCUCGCUCACCGUGCACGAGAAUUUUUCGCUAACAGAGACUGCGCACGUGGCGCCGUUGAUAGCGGCCGCGCUCGUCAUCGCAGCACUACUGGUGCUGCUUCUGUGCCUCAUAGUGCGUUGCAGACGGAAGAGAGGUAGUGUCGAAUAUAAGACUGAUGAAUUAAAUAGUGACGUGAAAGUGCUGCCAGCGGACGCGGUGUACACUCCGCACUCUCAGGCCAGCGGCCGGCCUGGUACCGGUCCGCCGAGCCGCCGUCGUACUGCAGCCCCCAACCACCGUGUGAACGCACAGGCAACUUUAGCGUCGUUGGAGAGAGAAGCCAAAGAAAAUGUAUAUGCGGUUCUAGAUCCUCAUAUACAGUACGAUAUAACUAUAAGCAAGCACGGGGAGCCGCCGAAGUAUUUAUCCCUUUCUAAGCCCUUAACUCACCAAAGAACUCACGCUUUUGACCCACGUUACUUUGCGAACGACUUGAACAACAACGCCAACAAAGUAUCAUCGUUCAAACCCGCCUACAGGAAGUCUGACAGGAGUAGUAGAAGCCAAGGCGGAAACUACAAGAAGAAUUACGUUUGCAGAAGUAACAUCGACAUAGAAUAUUCCAAAGAUCCUCACUUUGGAAUGGUAAGAGGCACCGAAAGCAAAGACACGGCUAAUGCUUACGCGCGUAGUAGUAGUAAUGUAAAUAGGAGAAACCAGGGCUCGACUAGCGAAAUAAACUCUGCAAAGAUUAUUAGUGAAGCUAAAAAUAAAGGUUCCCUUGAACAAGAUCUUGUUAAAGCCAGUCCGAAAAGAAUAUCGAACAGAAGUGGAAAAAACGCCGCAAGACAAACAUUCACGCAAGCAGUACAAAAAAUUACGGUUGAUGACAAAGAAAAUGAAAAAAGGCAGCCCCAUAUUGAGUCGGACGACUGUAGACCAAGGCCUGGACAAGUGAGAGAAAUUGCAUCAAUAUUCGAUAGGAACAGUAAAGAUUAUGCUCAGAGAGUUAAUACCAGGAGGGAAAGACCGAAACCUAUACAAAGUUACGGACAUCAAGCGUACCUGGACCAUAUAUUUCCUGAUGCUAUAGAAAUU